GCUUUGGAUCUGGCUUUGGUGCAUUUGGAUCAGGCUUUGGAUCUGGCUUUGGUGCAUUUGGAUCAGGCUUUGGAUCAGGCUUUGGUGCAUUUGGAUCAGGCUUUGGAUCUGGCUUUGGUGCAUUUGGAUCAGGCUUUGGAUCUGGCUUUGGUGCAUUUGGAUCUGGCUUUGGAUCUGGCUUUGGUGCUG